AUGGACACGAAGGGGGAGGGUGAAGAAAUGACGUACCCCCACAUCUGCUUCAUGGUAGACAACUUUGACGAGGUCUUUUGUGACAUCGUGGUUCGUGACGGAGAAAUGGUGUGCGUGGAGCUGGUGGCGCGGGGUCGUGGUGAAGCUACACAGGCCGUCAUCUUUCUCGGCUCCAUACGUUACGACGCUCUGACGAGAGUCUACGAUGCUCGGCAAUCUUCGUUAUCGACUAAGGUGGCACAGCGCAUGUCCUUCGGUCUAUUAGGGGCUCGCGGCGCGGGCGCAACGCGAUGCGAAUUCGUGAGGAUGAAGGGGCCAGGUGGAAAAGGUCACGCAGAGGUGGCGGUGUCGCGACCACGCGGUUCCGGUGUCCACACACCCAGUUCGGAGCCUGGGCUAACUGCAGCCGAGCUUUGGGACAGCGAUUGGGAGGACGACCCUGAUGAUAUGUUUCUAUAUAGGCAUCAGCGUCGCCUUAGCGAUCCUUCAGCGAACAUAGCGUCCUUUGUUCGCGGCGGAUGGCGAUCGCGUGACAAAGAGAAAGAUGCACGCGACAAGAGUCGCUCCGAGAACGAAGGCCUCGACUCACUCAACGAUGGACUGGCUGAGGUGGAAGCGGGGGAUCUGAGAGACGGUCGCAGAGGGUCAGGGUCUACGAAGUGGUGCUGCGCGCGUCCGAGCAAGCGGGUCGAGGCGAUGCGGGAGGUGUACCGAGCCGCCCCGCCCGCGCCCCUCUCCCCCGCGUGCCUUCACCACCUCUCCCCGCGCCGCCCGCCCCACAGCCCCGCGCCGUCCCUCCGCCCUCUUCACAACGCGCAAGCUGCGCACGAGUGCGAGAUAGCGUAUGACGUCGCUUCCCUAGAUGAGAACGAUCUAGUCGCUACCAUAUCACGCGUGAGACCGACGCAAGCCACGGAUAAGGAUAGAACAGUCCGCGGACGAGAGGAACUGCCGUGUGACGUCAAUGACAACCCGCGACGCCACAGGGGCGGAAGCAGCUGGGCUGAUACCGAUCAAGAGCGAAAAUCUUCGAGGGGCGUUAGCUGGAACGGUUCUGAAUACCGGAAGACCGAGACCUCUACAGCAACUAAAGCUUGCCGCGGCGUCAGCUGGGACGAUAACGUAGUACGGAAGACCGAAAACAAAAAUAACAUUCUCAAACCGAAAAAUCGUGAUUGCGAAGGUGAUGGCGGGAGAUAUGAACGCGAUGAUGAAAGGGAAACGUGUAGUGAGAGUGGGGCGAGGGACAAGGGGCCGUGGAGUGGUAGCGCUCGUGCUUACGUCACUUUGCCCCGACGGCGGGGGGUGGCGGCAGCGCUGUUUCGGUCAGCCCGCCUCCCACCACGGCGAACCACGCCGGACGGCACCGAUAUCUACUAUUGGUGCGACUUGCCUAAGCGAAAUAUUCACGAGCUGGACGACGGUGCGUACAAUCCGCUGUGGGCGCUUCGUGGUUUCACACAAACCUUUCAUCUGUGGAAGGAGGGUAAACGGCAGCAGAGUGCACCACUCUCAGCGUUCCUCACCUAUGUGACACUGCCUUGGUGGGCUAUCGCUAAAGAUAUAUUGGACCAUCGCGAAGAGCCCAUCCUUACCUUCUGA